UCACCGCCUCCACCAGCAAAACAUGUUGAACGCCAUCAAUACUACUACAAGUCACCCCCUCCACCAAAGAAGUACUCCUACUCGUCACCAACCCCUCCAAAGAAGUACUACUACUCAUCGCCGCCACCACUUCCAAAGCAUGUUGAGCACCAACAAAACUACUACAAGUCACCCCCUCCACCAAAGAAGUACUACUACUCAUCGCAGCCACCACCUUCAAAGCAUGUUGGGCACCAACAAAACUACUACUCGUCACCGCCUCCACUAUACUACUAUAAAUCGCCACUACCACCAAAUCACUUAGAGCAUCCACGUUAUUUAUACAAAUCACCUCCUCCAUCUCCAUCGCUACCAUCAGCUUACUAUUACAAAUCGCCACCACUUCCAUCUUCACAACCACCUCCUUCGUACUAUUGUAAGUUUCCUCCAUCGCCACCUCCUCCAUUUCUACAAGUCACCUUCUCCACCAUUUCCAUCACCACAUCCUCCUUAUUACUACAAGUUGCUUCCUCCACCUUCUUCAUCACCACCACCACUAUACUACUACUCUCCACCUCCACCUCCACCUCCACCUCCACCUCCAAAACAACACUAGCACAAUACUAGUACUGAUUUUUGAACAACUUAGUAUAUUCAAUAAGUAGGCUCUUG